AUGGCGGCGGCCAAAGAGCGGCCUUACCAGCCAACCCUCCCCUGGCGAUGGACAUCCGCCGCAGCGUUCGGGACCGUGGGAUUCCUCUCCAGGAGUUUUUUAUAUGCUUUGAAUAAAACCGAGGUUCGGGGUUUGGAGAGGUUUCUGGAGAUUUUGGAUGGGAGGCGGGAUGAGAAGAUGAGGACGAAGGGUUUGAUUACUGUUUCAAACCAUGUGAGCGUACUGGACGAUCCCAUGAUUUGGGGUGUCCUUCCGAAUAGGUACUUUUGGAAUCCGAACAAUAUGCGUUGGUCGCUUGGCAGCUACGAUAUUUGUUUCAAGAAUGGUCUGAUGUCCGCCUUCUUCUCGUAUGGUAAUACUUUACCCACUCAUCGCGCGGCGCACUCGAAGUUUGGGGGGCUUUUUCAACCGACUAUGACCCAGUGUAUACGGUUGCUCAGCGACCCGCAUGAAAACGCCGCUCCUGAGAACUGGGAGGGUGCCUCGAGAUCAUCAGAAAGCUCCCCAUCAUUCCCCAAAACGGACCCGUUCACCUCAGCCGAACUGACAUACUCGACAAACGGAGAAGACAACUUCCCAGCUCCAUCAGCGUACCCAAGCAGACGCUUCAGCUGGGUGCACAUCUUCCCCGAAGGCAUGAUCCACCAACACCCGGACAAAGUCAUGCGAUACUUCAAAUGGGGCGUCGCGCGUCUAAUUCUCGAAGCCGAGCCCUGUCCAGAUGUCCUGCCCAUGUGGAUCGACGGUCCACAAAACAUCAUGGACAACGAGCGGCCCUGGCCGAGACCUCUACCGCGACCUGGGCGGGAUGUCAAGGUGAAUUUCGGGGAUCUCGUAGAUACAGAGAAGGUCUUUGGACCAUUCAGGGAGAAGUGGCAAGCAUUGAAGGAGAGGGCGAGACAGAAGCGAUUACAGGGCUCUGGUGCGAAGGUGGGUGAGAAAGAUGAGCUAGGUAUCCUGACGGAUCAUGACUUGAAGUUUGGUCGCGAGGUGGAGCAGCUUCGCAUUGACGUGACGCUGGCGGUGCGGAAUGAGGUACUGAAAGUCCGCAGAGCUGCCGGUUUACCUGAUGAGGAUCCCAAGCGUGGACUGGCUGAGACGUUCCGAGAAGAGGGCAGGACGGCGAGGGAUGGACUGCAGAAGGAUGGUAGUACGAUUAAAGACAUGUAA